GCGCACACAGACCCCUUAAAGGCGCGUGACAGUUUGACGCCGCUUCCCUUUAAGAGCCCGUUAUGCGUCACCUGACCAGGUCCACCGACAAGGCAGGACCUUAACCUGCAUUACCACAAAAAUAAGCAACUGAAUAUCCAAGAUCUACACGAUAUAUCACUGAAACGUGAACAAUUACGUGUCUUCAUACCCUCGCCCUUGAAAAGGCUUGAAAAAGACACGUCAUCAGCACCAUCAUCAUCCGACCGAACGGGAAGGACACACGGGCUUUGACCGAAUAUUACCGAGGCUCCGGAAUCCCGAACAGGUUUAUAGUAAAGGAUUAAUCAACGGAACGUUUUUACAACUCGUUUUUAUGCGUUUAUUUAAUUAAUUUCAUUGAAAAAAGGACCAGUUCAACGCAAAACGCUCUGUUAUUUCGGUUAGAUGGGGUUUUUGAUGCAUAUACUAAUCAAAGGUGACAGUUUACUGUAUUAAUUUGAUGAAUUAUUUCUCACGAGAGCCAGAAAAUAGCUCGGCGUAGAGCGUUACGUAAUAGGGGCAUUAUCCAUGGUGCUGAAACCAACCCGUGCAUAGACUCCAAAUUUUAUAGAAUUAAACUGCAAACAUAUAUUUUUUGUGCUUUUGAACACGCCAUUUCAGGCGCUCUGCUUGGAAACCAAAAGGAGAAAUUGACAUUGUCGGUUUCUACAGAGCCACCUUGGAUUCCGUCUCUUUUUUUGUCGGCGAAUAUCAUAUGCAUUUCGACUGUCCUUCCCCCUGAAGUUGAUUCUUGAGGUGGUUGUCGACGCUACCGGGAGAAAAUGUCGGGACAGACUCUGACAGAUCGCAUCGCCGCGGCGCAGUACCAGCUCACCGGAUCCGAUGUGGCUCGCGCCGUUUGCAAAGCCACCACGCACGAGGUGAUGGCGCCCAAGAAGAAGCACCUGGAUUAUCUGAUCUCAACCACCAACGAGACAAACGUGAACAUCCCUCAGAUGGCUGACACACUAUUCGAGAGAUCCACUAAUGCCAGCUGGGUGGUCGUGUUCAAAGCUCUAACCACGACCCACCACAUCUGCAUCUACGGCAAUGAGAGAUUCAUUCAGUAUUUGGCCUCAAGGACUUCCCUGUUCAAUCUCAGCAACUUUAUUGACAAAACAGGCUCCCAUGGCUAUGACAUGUCUACAUUCAUCAGACGAUAUGCACGGUACUUGAAUGAGAAGGCAUACGCUUACCGCGCAAUGGCCUUCGACUUCACUCGAGUUAAAAAGGGAGCUGAGGGUGUGAUGAGGACUAUGGCUCCUGACAAGCUCUUGAAGGCCAUGCCUGCCCUGCAGACUCAAGUGGACACACUGCUGGAGUUUGACGUUCAUCCUAAAGACUUGAACAAUGGCAUCAUAAACGCAGCAUUCCUGCUUCUCUUUAAGGAUCUGAUAAAGCUCUUCGCCUCCUACAAUGACGGCAUCAUCAAUUUAUUAGAGAAAUAUUUCAAAAUGAAGAAGUCUGAGUGCAAGGAUUCUCUGGAGAUUUAUAAGAAAUUUCUGACCCGGGUGACCAAAAUUGCAGAGUUCAUGAAAAUUGCUGAGCAAGUAGGAGUGGAUAAGAAUGACAUCCCUGACAUCUCUUAUGCUCCCAGCAGUAUUCUGGAAUCUCUGGAGACACAUAUGAACAGUCUAGAAGGGAAGAAAGGGGAAGGGUCACCCACAAAGGGAUCACCCACCAAUAACGUGUCUCCAACCUCCACUCCCGCCAAAUCUGCUGCUGCCGUCCCCACUUUGGAGCCGCCGCGCACCGAGGCCGCACCUGCUGCCGAAACUGCCACUGAUUCUCUUCUGGAUCUGGACCCGUUGUCUUCCUCUGGACCUUCUGCAGGAGGAGCAUCAGCUGCUCCCACAUCUUGGGGAGAUCUGCUGGGGUCAGAUAUGUUUGCGGCCCCUGCGGCUGAAACAGCUUCUGCUGCGGAGGGUGGGGCCACAGCAGCCACGCCCACCCCUGCUGCCGAUGGCACCGCGGCAACUGAAUCUGCGGGUGCUGGUGAGGCCAAACCAGCCGCCCCGGCCGCAGCAAGCGCAGGAGGAGAUCUGAUGUCGGCUUUCGAUGGAUUGGGUGAUAUGCUAAUGCCAGCUAUGGCUCCCCAGGCAACAGGGGCCUCCUCACCGGUCAAACCUAUGGGAGGAGGAGACCUGGACUCAGCUAUGGCCAACAUGGCCAGCAAUUUGGGAGUGGGGAACCAGAAACCGGGUGAAUCAGCUGGAGGGGCGAACUGGCAAGCGCAGGUACCCACCCCUAGCUGGGGCGUUACCAUGUCUGGUGCAGGAGCUGCUCCCAUGAUGCCUGGUUCACCAAUGAUGGCCCCCCAACAACCAAUGAUGAGGCCACAGUUUCCGGCAGCAGGAGCCCCUGGACAACAGAUGUCUCCAGGAAUGGCCCAGAGUCCCAGGAAACCUCCCCCUUCUAAAGAUCCUCUCGCUGACCUCAGUAUCAAAGACUUCAUGUAGAUGAGCAGCUGGUUUGUCACACAUAUUGUGCAGCCCUGAUGAAUCAGACGUGUGUACUCUCUUCCGUUCAUCACAUUCUGGGCCUCCAGUCCCUCCUUCUCUCUCUCUCUUUCCCUCCCUGUCUGUUGUUGUAGCACAAACCGUGAACGUAACUAAGUACAUGUGUGUACGUGUGUUUGUAUUUCAAUGUUCUCAGUUACUUCAGAUCUAUAUAUUUAAAAAAAAUACUAUGAAGAGUAAUGGCAGAUGCAUUCUUGAACGUGCAUCUGCAGGUCUCUUAAUGAUAGAUGUGCAUUCAUUUUUUCCUGGCUCGCUUUCCGUGGGAAAUCAAAAGUGUGACGUUUUCUGUGGAAAAUGGUUUUUUGCUGUGGUAAAUAUCACUGGGCCGGUCUGUGUCAUCAUCAGUCGAGUAUUAGUCAUCUUUUGACCAUGGAAUAACUUCUGUGGGAACAAUAUCAACGUAUUACAAGUUAAGGUAGUGUCUCACGCACUUUCUUUUUAUCAAUGCCCUGAUUUUAUUCUCUCUUUUUUUUCGUAUCUAUAUUGAUUGUGAGUUACAUGCAACAUGUGACUAUUCAAUGAAAAAACAUAUGCAUUUUAGAAUAUUUUAAAUGACAGAUUGUUUUGAAUAUCCUUAGUCUUUAUUUUGAGAUAAAAAGGUUGAAUAUAUUUUAGUUAUGUCAGAAGUUUACUUUGCACACUACAUGGCUAGUUAGUAAAUCCCAUUUGUACAAAGGUCUGUGUCCAUCACAAGGUACUGUCUGAGCCGAUCGAGUCCUGCUUGUAUGUACAAUAUAAUAUGACAGCAUGUAAUUCCUCUGUUGUGCAAAGGGGACGCCAUUGAGCCAGAUCAGAUUCUAUCAGCAGCAAGUUCCUCAGCCGGUCUUAAAAUAGGACUGAACAGAACUGGCUGGCAAGUGUUUUGUUGUAUUGCAAGUGAGUGUUUGCUGCAAGUAUCAAGGAUAUCAAAGGGACAAACAGCAGUUUAAUGGGACAGUAUUGCAUUUUAUUGAUGGCUGUUUUUUAUUUCAAUUGAACAUUUUGUUGAUAAAUUUUAUUUUUGGAUGGAAUAACACCCUCUGCCCUUCCCACCUUUGUGCAUGUUAGUCCUGUUGAAAUGCAAUAAACAGUGAUCUGGAGAGAAA